UUGUGAACGAACCCUUCGCUCUAACUUAACCGUUACAUUAACGUAUAUCGUGAAAGUUUACUAAAACUAUACUUUACCGUUUCUACGUUAAAUUCGCAUUGAAUCAUCAAAACAUAUUGUUUUGCAACCCCUGUGUUAAAUUUAACGAACUUAUGAAAAAUAAAUUGGAAGGAAACUUGGAAGGCAGUGAGAAGUUUUCCGGAGAUUUACCGGUGAAAGUAGUACGCCAACAAAUACCGAAAACUCGUCGGGAAUCUAUGGCUCCAAAAAUUGUCGUGUGUCCACCAGUUGAAGAAAUGACCGAACCAAUUACAGCGCCCCGUGGAUCCCGCCUACUGAAAGCUUUGAGCCGGCGGCUCUCACGUCGCACCGAGGAGGAUUCCUUGGAAAGUUCAAGCAGCAACGAAAGUAUGUCUUACGACGCCGGCCGCAGUGAUGAUCCCUCAUCUUGUUCCACUAGCGAUUCCGGCAGCGAAGAAUCUGAACGUCGCCGACGACACAGAUCAACAGUUUCGCUUAGACGCGUAUUUCAACACCUUAACCUAUCAAGCCGUUCACAAUCAUGUUCUCCGACGGAACGUCAUCGCCAACCAAAGAAGCAAUCUCAGCCAAAACGCAUUCUCAGGCCACCAAUCACCUACACUUACGUUCGGGGAUUAUCUGGCCUACCAACCCAAAGAGUUCCCCGACACACAGUGUGCUGUGCAUCUAUGGGGCUCAACCGAUAAAAAGGUUUACCAUCGAUAUGUGGAUACAAGACCUAGAAUGGAGAUCAAGACUGUUUAUGUAUAGAGAUGUAGUCUAAAAGUGCUAGUACGACUUUAUCAUAUCAGUAGAGAGACAGUUUGGGUUUUUAAGAAACCUGUGUAAAGAUGUCACCAAGGACCAAGUUUCAGCGAGUACGAAUACAAACAUUCUGUAAGCUGUACUUACAUGAAAUCGUCUAAUUAAGAUAAAAUCUAUAAGACUGGACCGAAGAGAAAUAGCUGCCACAAAGUACAACUUCGCAUUUUCACUGUUGGCUCUAAUAUCAACGCAGGCCAUACGUGGCUAUAGAGAUUGUAUAAAUACUUUUUAUUAUCUGCUAUUUGACUAAAUUUACAUAAGGAUCGAAAUCUGGGCUAUAACUAUACGUUUGUUAGUCAUAUGUAAGUCAAGAAUAGUGCCUUUCCACAUAUUGACAAUUUUAAUGUAUACCUUCUAGAUAAGGAAAAUUAUCUUCUAACAUGCAUUCAGGAUAAUUUAUCUUUUCAUAGAUUAGAAAAAUUUACAGUUUCAAUACACCACAUGUUUUCAUAGUUUAUAUUGUAUUGUUCACAUUAUUCAGUAUUUUCGAAACACUUAGAAUACAUAAUUAAAAUAUAAUGACAGUAAUUAUAUAUUGUAACUGCAGGAAAUAACCAGGGUGAUCGUGAUAUUGUGAAAAUCUGAAAUUGAUGAUUGAAAAUGUUGUUGAACAUUAGUUUUAGAAAUAAGAUCUCGUAUCGAUAAUUGCUGAUUCACUGCAACAUGAAUAUUAAAUACAAUUUAAGAUGUAUGUAGAUAGAU